GAUGGUUCUGACAGGAAGCUCAUGCUUUUUAGUUAGUCAUUUUUUUUAUCUUGAGAUUCACUUGUUCUGUGCUUCUUGUCCUUAAAAGAAUUAGAGUUUUUGUUAUAUCACUGCUUCAUGCUCUAUUGUGCCUUUCAAUCCUCGUCUUCACAGAGGGAUCUGGGUUACUAAAAAAAGCAAAAAAGACUGUCGCAAAAAUUGUACGUUGUUGUUAAUAAAAAGUGGUAAGCAUUUCAAAUUGGUACUUGAAUAUGUGACCCAAUAAGCCAAAAGCUAAAAGAAAAUGUUCUUUUUUUGUGCUCAGUUUUGAGAAAAUCUCCACUGUGACUCUCUGAUAGUAUCAUAUGUGAUUCAGUACCUGAAAGAAUGAGUCUAAAUAAUGCAUACAAGUUAUUAAAAAAUCGAUAAAACAGGUUUACUUUGUGCAACAGACCAGGGUGGGUCCAAGCACACACAUUCCACAUAAUGUCUGAAAAUAAUUUCAUCAUAGUGCUUUUUCUCAGGAGUUGGGGAAGAGUAGACCUCCUGGAGCGAACAAAGUCUACCUGCAGAACAAGAAAAUCGUAUAUGCAUACAUAUACAUAUAGUUUUUACAUUUGUUUUUGGCCUGUGGGAUCCAACUGAAGUCAUCUCUUCUGAGCUUUUUCCAUAACGUUAACUUCGGUCUUUGAAAGCGCCUCCCUGUGAUUUCAGAAUAAAGCUGCACACUGAGACUUAUUUGACGGAGGCUUUACAGCAGCAGCAGCAGCCCUUAAGGUAUAUUCACCAUAACAAAUUUCAUUUUCAGUCAUGUCCUGAAUCAGUUAAGCUUAUUAAAGCUUAACGUAAACAUCAUUGAGAAAGAGCAAAGAAGGUGAAUAUAUACACUGUAUGUUCUGGAAUAAAUGUGAAAAGAAGUGCAGCCUUUUCUUGGAUAUGAAUAUGAAAUAGAGGCAUAUAUGUCUGUUCAUGCAACAGGAGAAAAAAAUCUAUUCAAGCAGAGUCUCUAUAUAGGAAAGCCUGUAACUCAAGCUCAUAAAUGUUUGGUUAGUCUCCUCCUUAACACUUAAAUAAAUACUUUUAUUUAUCUGGUAGACCAGUAGCAGAACACCACCCCUCUUUACAAAAGAAAAAAAGAAAAGAAAAUCUGUGAAGGGUGGGAACUUUAGCGUCCGCUCAGUCGGGGUGCUCUGUGAAGUCACAGACUGCUUUUACGCACGGCUGCUUUUACGCACGGCAAACAGUUUGAUCCUUGUUCUCUCGGAUGAUCUUCUUCAGCGUCGCAGCGUUGCUCACCCUGUCAGCUUUGAUUAGAGCUUCCUCAUUUGCCACUUGAAACACUCAAAGUGCGUCUGGAACGCGACCAUCGAGUCAAAGGGGAGGCUGUUCUGGAGGAGAGCUCAACUUUGGAGAGCAGACCCGAGCGGAGAGCGCAUCGGCGCGCAAUGGAUCCCAUCAUGAAUGACACGGGAAUAUUCUGCACAGACAACCAAACAAACAAUUUUACUGAUCAGUCGUGCUUAAACCCAACUACUCCACCCUACAACCCCAUCGACAUCACCACCUUCAUGCACAUUUUCCCAUCGAUUUACGGAAUCCUGUGCACUGUGGGAGUCGUUGCCAACGGGCUGGUGAUUUACGCAGUGGCGGCGUGCAAGAAGAAAAUGGUCUCGGACAUCUACGUGCUGAACUUGGCCAUAGCUGACAUGCUGUUCCUGCUUGUGAUGCCCUUCAACAUCCACCAGCUGGUCAGGGACAGGCAGUGGGUGUUCGGAAACUUUAUGUGUAAGGCGGUGGUCGUGGUGGAUGUCAGCACGCAGUUCACCACAGUGGGGAUUGUGACGGUGCUGUGCAUUGACCGAUACAUAGCUAUUGUGCAUCCGAGCUCAGAGAAGAGGACCGUCCACUGGACCAUCCUCAUCAACAUGUUGGUGUGGCUGGGCAGCUUCCUGCUCACCAUACCUGUCAUGAUGUACGCCAAAGUGGUUCGCAGGCAGCACCUGGAGGUGUGCAUAAUGGACCUAGAGGGGCCCGAGGACAUGUACUGGUACACGCUCUACCAAUCGAUCCUCGGCUUCAUCAUCCCGCUCUUCAUCAUCAGCACCUUCUACUCCCUCACCCUCUACCACGUCUUCCGCUCCAUCCGGCGAGUCAAACGAAAGCAGUCCGUGUGGGCGAAGCGGGCAACCAAGAUGGUCCUCAUGGUCAUUGCAGUGUUUCUGAUCUGCUGGUCCCCCUACCACGUCAUCCAGGUGAUCAACCUGAGCAACAACGCCCCGACCAUCGCCUUUGUCUACGCGUACAACAUCAGCAUUUGCCUCAGUUAUUCCCAUAGCUGCAUCAACCCCCUCAUGCUGCUCAUCUUUGCCCAGAACUACCGCGAGCGUCUGUGUCGCCGGAACGCGCUGCACAGCUCCCAACACACAUCGAAGGUCACGGUGGUCAAAACGGACGGCACCAGCACGUCGAAUGACCCCAACUAUCGCAUAACCGUGAUUUGACCACAGAGACAACUUUUUUUUUGUAUAUACACACAAAUCGUGUAAAUAAUUCAUCGCCUGCCUCUAGGGGAGGUGGUCAAUGUGAAGGGUGAUGUCCAGGAAGGUGGGGUACACCUCAGCAAGUGGAAUCGAAAGAAAACUGUGCAAAACAGGGCUGGAGACAGCGCAUACAAAUCAAUCAUAUAAAUAAAAAAAUACACAUUUGUUUUUUUAAAAUCCUUUAAAGGAUAAGAUCCAUUUUGUGUCAUGAUGGACAUUCAGGUUAAGGAGAUACGAUCCAUUAUUGCACAAUGGGCUUACCAGUAAAACUCACAAUUAUUCCUCACAAUUUCACAAGAAUUUGGUUGUUUUGAUAGGUCUAAGUGGUUAAUAUUUUGACAUGAAGAGGCUGUAAGCAGUUUUCUUCAGACAUAUGGCAGCUUUAAUUAAUGUUUUUCAUCUAUUUUGUUUAAAA